AUGACCUCGAACCCUCCUCAGUCGGGCGUUCAACAAGGACAAAGCACCGCUACCUCUGCUUCAAACCCGCCCACCACCACCACCUCUUCCAACACCCCCCUGGCUGCCACUGCUUCGGCACCGGCCAGGUCCUACGCCAACGCAACGAAGAAGUCCGCGACGGACUCAACCGCCGCUCCCGUCACCGUGGGUGGCUCGGCGCAACAUGGGAAGUCGACUUCAGCAUCUCCUGUGAACGGCAACCCUAUGCAAACCCAACAACCCCAGCAGCCCGCCUCGGGUGUGACCAUUGUCAAUGGCGCCCCAACCGCUCCGGCUGCUGCUACAACUGCUUCCCAGGGUGAUCACUCUCGCAAGCCCUCCGUAACCAUCACAUCUGCUGGUACCUCCGGCUACAUGCCCAACGGUGGCUCUGCCAGCCGCCCACAGAGUCUUCAGUUCGGCUUCGCCAACCCUCAAAGCUCGCCUAACAUGGGAAAUCCCGCCGUUCUCGCCAACAACCAGUCGCAGUCUGGUCUGGGUGCUCCUUCGACAAACCCGCGUGUGACCUCGCCUCAGACUUCUCCUUCGCCCAUUCCUCAGCCCGCCUCCAGCGGCGGCCGUCCCCCAUCCACCUACCAGGGACAAGGAAACGUUCCCAACUUUGGCAGCUUCGGCGAGUCUGGUGAUAACAACGCACCUCUCGGCCCCGGUCCUCAGCACCUCCGACGCGAAUCCUCCCAGUCUACCCACAGCGAUAUGAGCAACCACAUGGGCAGCGGCCCCGGGCGUGGCGGAUACCCUCACCAAGGCGGACGCGGUCGCGGAUACUCUCAGUCGGGUUACCAAGGCCAGAUGCCAUACUCACCUGGUCCCAACUUCCGCCAGACUCCCAACCAGCCUCGCGGUGGCCCCAACAUGGGUCCUCAGUUCCACGGUCCCAACCAGGGACGUCCGUUGGCCCCUUUCCCGAACUCGCCUCAUCAAGCAAACCGCAGCCCGGCCCUCGCCAACGCGCACCCAACCACCCCCCAGAUGAACCCAGUGCCCAUGGCCGGCCAGAUGCCUCCCCAGCCGUAUGGCGCCUAUGGCCAGCACAUGGGUCCCCAAACAGUGAGAUCCCAGAACCCCUCCCGUUCUUCAAACACCCAUAAACCCGCCCGGCGUGGCAGUUAUCAAAAACGAGGACAACCCCGUGUCUUCUCGACCAAUUUCAUUCCCCCAGACCUCCGGCCUGAAGCCGGCAAUUGGGAACACUAUCUAACAUUGGUCAAAUCACAUCAGGCUCCCUACCCUCCCUACGAUCCCAACUACGGCUACUACAACCCCGGAUAUGGCAUGCAACAGCAAUACAUGCCGCCCUCGCCCCAACCCCGUCCCGGCAUGCCUUUCAACCCUCAGGCUGGCUUCUUGCCUGGUCAAUAUCCCGUUCAGCCGCCGCAGGCCACCCCUCUUUCCCGCACUCUCCUCCCAAGCUCGAGCCUUGGCCAGCCAGCUCAGGCUGGCUCCGGUCACGCUCACACUGGCAGCAGAUCCUCCAACAGCCCCGCCCCUGCGAAGUCACACUUUGUUCUUCCCUCCAAGAAGAGCGCGAUUGUUAUCAAGGAUCCUGGCAGCGGUGCCGUCAAGACGUUCGACAAGAACCCCGCCUCCCCUGCCCGUGCCACUCCCUCCCCGGUGAAGAUUGCUACUCCCACCUCGACCCCUCCCCCACGCACCGCCAGCGCGUCGGAUCACAGCCGAACUGAGAGCAAGGCCAGCACCGCCAAGACCGAUGAGGAGAAGAAGCAGGAAUUGAAAGAUGCUGUCCGUCAGAAGAUUCAAGAAGAUGAGGCCGCGCAGAAGCGUGAGGCCGAGGAGGCCGCUCGCAAGGAUACCAAGGAAGCUGAGCCUGCGAAGCCCAAGGAGGAGAGCACUGAUCCCUCUGCUGCUCUGGAGAAGCUGAGCUUGAACGACAAGUCUGCCCCGGCUGAAGAGCCCAAGAAGGCCCCUGCCCCUGCUCCUGCCCCUGCUCCCGCCCCUGCUCCCGCUCCCGCUGCCGCUCCCGCCCCUGCUGCUCCUGCCGAUGACGAUGAGAUUGAUUUCGAUGCCAUCGAGCGUGAGAUGGCCGAGAUUGAGGCUAAGGAACGUGCUGCUGAGGAGGACUACAACCGCAAGAAGCAGGAGAAGAAGGAGGCUGCCGAGCGCAAGGAGCGCGAGGACCUUGAGAACUACGAGAAGAACAUGAAGAAGGCCGAGCGCGAGGCUGAGGAGCGCGAGCUCGCUCGUGAAGCCGCUCGUGCCAAGGGCGAGACUGCCACCACCGAGGAUGAGUCCGCCCGCAAGGAGAGUGAGGACCUUUUCGCGUCUCUCAAGAAGGGUGGCCUCGCUGCCACCGAGACAUCCACCCCUGGUGAUAGCGGCGCCGCUACACCUGUUUCGUCGGAUAUGUCCAUGGGACCCCCCGGAAAACCUGCGAGCGCUACCGCUAAGAAGCCCGCUGGGCUGAAGCUUGAUACUCCCAAGCCCACCGAGCCUGCUCAACCAAGCGCUGCUAUGAAGUCUCUACAGAAUGCCCAGUUCUUGAAGGAUCUCAGCAAGAUCACCUAUCCCUCCUCCGUCACUGCCCCUAACCUUGCCCUGAACGCCAGCUCCCCGGUUGGUCGUCAAUUCCAUUAUGACCGUGACUUCCUACUUCAAUUCCAGGCCGCAUACAAGGACAAGCCGUCCAUUGAUUGGGAUAACCGUAUUCGGGAAACUCUUGGAGACCCCUCCGACUCCUCUCGUCCUCAGUCUGCCCGCCCCGGUGCUGGCGGUAUGGGUCCCCGCGUUACCUCGCGUGGUGCAAUCGGUGGAUUCCCAAAUACCAAUACCAUGGGCCAGUUCGGUGCCCCCGGCAGCCGUAACAGCAUGCCCCCCGUCAACCCCUCUAUCAGCCGCAACGGUGCCUUUGGCGGUUUCCCCCGUCCCGUGGGUAUGGGCGCUCCUGGCAUGAGCCGCAACAACUCUUCUGGCAUGCCCAUGUCUCCCCGUGUCGCUUCCAGCAAGGGUGGUCGCAAUGCCAGCAAGAAGCACUCCGGAAAGAAGGAGGAAGAUCAGAACAAGUCUAUGCCUUUGACUGCCGGUAUGGAUCUCAAGGCUAUCCAGACUUCUUCCACUGGUUGGAAGCCUCGUAGCGUCGGUCAGGCUCCUUCCGGUCCUACUCCUGGUGGCAGUGAGGGCUACAUGGCUCCGGAUGUUGUGCAGCGUAAGGUUAAGGCUGCUCUCAAUAAGAUGACUCCCGAGAAGUUUGACCGUAUCGCUGAGCAAAUUUUGGUCAUUGUCUCCCAAUCCAAGGAUGAGUCUGACGGCCGCACUCUCCGUCAAGUCAUCCAACUCACCUUCGAGAAGGCUACUGACGAGGCUCACUGGGCCCCCAUGUACGCCAAGUUCUGCAAGGCUAUGCUUGAGAGCAUGAGUUUGGAAAUCAAGGAUGAGAAUAUCCGUGAUAAGAACGGCAACGUCGUUGCUGGUGGUAACCUGUUCCGCAAGUACCUGCUCAACCGUUGUCAAGAGGAGUUCGAGCGUGGCUGGAAGGUCAACCUGCCCGAGAAGCCCGAGGGUACCAGCGAGGAGGUCGCCAUGCUGUCCGAUGAGUACUACGUUGCUGCUGCCGCCAAGCGUCGUGGUCUUGGUCUCGUCAAGUUCAUUGGUGAGCUCUACAAACUUGGUAUGUUGACGGAGCGUAUCAUGCACGAGUGUGUGAAGAAGCUGGUCGAUUACGAUGGUAUUCCCGAUGAGGCCGAGGUUGAGUCUCUGACCAGCCUUCUGCGUACCAUUGGUGCCAGCCUGGAUGUCUCUGAGAAGGGACACGCCAUGAUGGAUGCUUACUUCGCUCGCAUCACCAUGAUGAUGGAGACUGUCGGUCUGCCUAGCCGUCUUAGGUUCAUGCUUUUGGAUAUCAUUGAUCUGCGUUCCAAGCGCUGGAUGUCCAAGGACUCCGACAAGGGUCCCAAGACUAUUCAACAGAUUCGCGAGGAGGCUGCCCGUGCUCAACAAGAGCAGGAGAUGGAGCGUCAGCGCCAGCAGUCUAACCGUGGCGGUGGUGGUGGUGGACGAAUGGCCAUGGGUCGUGGAGAUGUUCGCUACGGUCAACAAGCCCCGCCCCCCGACUAUGCUUCCAGCAAGGUCGGUAGUGACGAUCUCCGCCGUCUGCGCGCUACUCGCAAUCCCAACCAGCCCAUGUCUUUCGGUCCCUCCAGCCUGCUUGGAUCCCGUAGCAACAGCGGCCGCAAGAACCUGGGCCCUGGUGGCAACCUGGUCCGCGCCAGCGAUGACAGUGCUGCUUCGAGCCGCAGCGCCAGCCAAGCCGGAAAGAAGGAGGACAAGGAGGCCUCUUCAUCCAUGAACGCUUUCAGUGCCCUCGCUGCCCUGGAAGACAAGGACAACAUGGCCACAUCACCUCCCUCCAACCCUACCUCCCCCAUGCUCACCAAGUCCCAGCCCGCCACCGCUGAGCGCCGGCCAUCCAAAACACCGUCCAAGGACGGCGAGAACGCAGCAUAG